UAACAUUGCGCGUCUAAUAGAAGAGGCGGUGUUUCGAAGGAAGGACGCCGUUUUUUCGCAUCUUGAACAAUGCCGCUUGGGGUGCUUGAUAGCGGAGCCGAGUGGAACUGAGCUUGGGUUUGGAUUGCUUGUCUCGAAGGCUGGGGUGGGACGUUACUGCACGGCUGCCAUUACUGGAUUAUGUUAGUUUGAGCGCCACUGAGCUGUUUGUUUUGUGUAACGGGACUGGUGUAGCAAGAUGAGCGUUGUGAAAUUAUGCGUAGUGGCCGCUUUCUUGUUUCCCGGGUCGCUAGCGGCAAAUGUAUAUGCUCAGGCUGAGCAGCCGUGUCUAAGGAGCGGGGCAGAAGAAACGUAUCAACGGAAGGUUGGCAGCAGUCAGGCGUUGACUGGGAGCAGCAGUGCAAGAAGACAACGGAGUUCAGAGACUAGCGACACCUGCAAAGUUUGGCAGGGAUAUGAGAUCCGGUUACGGAACAACACCCACCCGUAUCAGUUCAUUGACCUAAGUGGAUCAGUAUCAUUGGCUUGGGUUGGCGACGGAACUGGUGUUGUUCUGGCAUUAACAACCUUCCAGGUGCCUCUGCUGCUGGUGAAAUUUGGCCAAUCCAAGUUGUACAGAAGUGAGAAUUAUGGAAAAUCUUUUUCAGAUGUCAGUGAUCUUAUUAAUAAUACCUUCAUUAGGACAGAGUUUGGGAUUGCUAUUGGCCCUGACAAUUCAGGAAAGGUGAUUCUUACAGGAGAAGUAUCGGGUGGAAGCCCAGGUGGGAGGAUAUUUCGAUCACUGAAUUUUGGGUACAAUUUCACCCAGACUGAUCUCCCAUUCCAUCCUUUGACACAAGUUACCUACAAUCCAAGAAAUGCGAGUCAUUUGUUAGUUUUAAGCAUAAAAUAUGAUCUUUGGAUUUCAUUGAAUUUUGGGGAAACAUGGAAGAAGAUUCAUGAUGUAGUCUGCCUUGCAAAAUGGGAUUUGGACCAUACAAUCUUCUUCACUACUAAUCCUAAUGGCUCAUGCAUUGACCGAGGCAUGUUGAUUUUAAAAAAAACCUCCGACUUUGGGGAAUCUUUCAAGACAGUUGGAGAUAAGAUCUACUCUUUUGGCCUUGGAGGACGUUUUGUUUUUGCAUCUGUAAUGACUGGAGUGGGCACCAUGAGAAGGAUCCAUGUAUCUGUGAACCAAGGAGAGACAUGGAAUAUGGCUCAACUUCCCCCUGUUGGGCAUGAACAAUUCUAUUCAAUCCUGGCAGCGAAUGAUGACAUGGUCUUCAUGCAUGUGGAUGAACAAGGGGAUACAGGUUUUGGAACAAUAUUUGUUUCUGAUGACCGUGGAAUUAUAUAUUCCAAGUCUUUGGAAAGGCACCUGUAUACUACAACGGGUGGAGACACGGAUUUCACCAAUGUGACAUCACUUCGUGGCGUUUACAUGACAAGUGUUCUGGCUGAGGAUGGCUCUGUACAGACAGUGAUCACCUUUGAUCAGGGAGGUGAGUGGAAUCCGAUUCAAAAGCCAGAAAAUGGUCAAUGUGAUUCAACUGCCAAAGACAAGGAAAAGUGCAGCCUCCACAUUCAUGCUACUUAUAGCAUGUCGCAGAAACUCCCUGUACCCAUGCUGCCUCUAUCUGAGCCCAAUGCAGUGGGAUUGGUCAUUGCCCAUGGCAGUGUGGGCGAUGCUAUCUCUUUAAUGACUCCUGAUGUAUAUGUUUCCGAUGAUGGAGGAUACUCUUGGACUAAAGCUUUAAAUGGGCCCCAUCAUUAUGCCAUUCUUGACUCAGGGGGACUCAUUGUUGCUGUUGAACACAAUGCCAACCAGCCAAUCAAGCACAUUAAGUUUUCCACAGAUGAAGGCCAAUGUUGGUACAACUAUACCUUCACAGAGGAUCCUAUAUACUUUACAGGAUUAGCCUCAGAACCGGGAGCUCGAUCAAUGAAUGUCAGCAUCUGGGGUUACCGGGACAGCAUGCUUUCACAGUUCUGGGUGUCCAUCACUAUUGACUUCAAAGAGCUUCUUACCAGAGACUGUGACAUGAAUGAUUAUGUUCAGUGGCUAGCACAUUCCAGUGAUCUCAGUAACCCCAAUGAUGGCUGUGUACUAGGUUAUAAGGAAAAAUACCUGAGGCUCCGAAAGUCUUCUGUUUGUUGGAAUGGGCGUGAUUACAUAGUGAACAAACAGCCCACCACUUGCCCCUGCAGUUUGGACGAUUUCCUUUGUGAUUUUGGGUACUAUCGCACGGAAAACAGCUCCAUAUGUUUGGAGCAGCCUGAUCUGAAAGGUCAUGACCUUGAAUUCUGCCUGCAUGGGAAGGAGGAGAUGCUGAAGACCAAUGGGUAUCGUAAAAUCCCAGGAGACCAGUGCCAAGGUGGAAAAGUGCCUGAACGUAAAGAGAUUGACCUCCGCAAGAAAUGUGUCAGCACUCUACUGUACCCUAGUGAAAAGGUAUCGCAGUCAAUUGCCAGUUCUGCUCUAGUGAUUGCUGCAGUUAUCACAAUCUUACUGUUGACAGUGAUUGCUGGGGUGAUUUUUGUGAAGAAAUAUGUUUGUGGUGGAAGGUUUUUGGUACACAGAUACUCGAUUCUAAAACAGCAUGCAGAAGCUAAUGGGAUUGAUGGAGUAGAUGAAUUAGACAUAAACAGUUCUGAAUCUAACAGACAAACUUACCAUGACGAUUCUGAUGAGGAUCUCCUUGAAUAAGCUGAAUUAAUGUGGCUAAUUCCAGAAUCCUGGAAGACCCUACUGGAAACUCUGUGUGUCA